GGGCCGCUCUGGAGGAGGCGGGUGUCAGGCAGCCCUCCUCGCGUGCCCAGAGUGCCGGUGGGCACUCGCAGCCUCCUCUCUCGGCCGUUCUAUACAACAGCCUUGCCAGCUCCCAGACGACUCCCACAUAUUCCCACCCCCCAACAGCCGUCAGCUACUCUGUCCAGCAGGUGCCAGGAACUGACCCCACCCUCGCACCUGCCUACACUCCAGCUAUACAAGCUGCCAGGCCAGUGGCACCUGCAACCUACCCAGGUUACCAGCCCCCCUCCACGCAAGACUGCGGAUAUGGGAUGCGGCAACUGGCUCCCGCCCCUCAGCCUGCCGUGACCCAGAACUAUCAGGAUGGCUACAGCUACGGGCAAGCGCCAGCAGCAGGCAGUUACGAGGCCAAGCCCUAUUACCAGACGGUGGUCACCCAGUUGCAGAAUGUGGCCACAGACUCCUACUAUCACACCAAUGCCCAGAGUGGCUACAGCCAGACUGCGGUGGCCUACAGCCAAAACCAGCCCCAGAGGCAAGUGACGCCUGUGAAGCCGGUCCAGACUGGGAGCACUUCCUCCUCCAGCUACGUUGCCUACCCGGGCCCUACGGCCAUCUCUGCUUCCUCCGCCCAGGCAUACACCCCAUCCUCCUCAUACACCUCUUCCUCCUACAACUCCUCUCCAGGUUCCUACUCCGGGGCAAACUACGCCAGCUAUGAUGCCACCGCGUACACAGCGGCCAACGCAUCCUACUACCCAGUCCCUCAGCAGCCGCCGCUGCCACCGCCUCCCCCGCAGCCGCCAAAGCCCGUAGGGGGCUCCCAGUGGGGUUGCACCAGCAGCAGCAGCAGCAGCAGCACCAACUCCACUGCCAGCAGUAACUACAAGAAACCUCUGUUUCCCAGCAAGCUCCUGAAGCUGAAAGGUGCUCCACGACAGCCCCAGCUCCACUACUGUGACAUCUGCAAGAUCAGCUGUGCAGGUCCCCAGACAUACCGGGAGCACUUAGAAGGGCAAAAGCACGCCAAAAGAGAGGCAGCCCUGAAGACGGGGAACCAGGCAGGUGGAAGCGGCCUUCGGGGGGCCCAGGCCCAGCUUCACUGCGAGCUCUGCGACGUCUCUUGCACAGGAGCCGACGCUUACAUUGCCCACAUCCGAGGAGCAAAGCAUCAGAAGGUUCUCAAGCUGCAUACCAAGUUGGGGAAACCGAUCCCUUCCCCCGAACCCGUGCUAGUCAGCGUUGCUUCAGCUCCUGCAAACAGCCCAGCCCUGAAGCAAGCUCUCCUUGUCCCCUCGCCUGCUGCUGCAUCCGUUGGACCCCCUAAGCCUGUCGUGGGGAUGACCAACAGCGUUGCCACCAGCAAGACGUUGGCCCCAAAGAAACCCCUUGCAACAAAGCUCUCCCAAGCAGGAGCAAGCAAACUUCGGGCAAGGAGCAGCUUGAAACCAGAGGAGGUCAAAGAGAUGCAACUGAAAACGGUGUCUGAGGUAGAACAGCUUCCACUUGACAGUUCUGGAGACUGUUUGGGAGAUCUGCUUGAUGUGCAGCCGGUGGGCCAUGGUUAUGUGGAAGAGGUCCACAACAAGAAGGGGAAGAUGGUCCGCUUCUACUGUAGACUCUGCGAGCGCAGCUUCAACGACCCCAAUGCCAAGGACAUGCACCUCAAGGGGCGCCGGCAUCGAUUGCAAUAUAAGAAGAAAGUCAACCCUGGCCUCCCAGUCGAGAUCGAGCCCAGCAACCGAGCCCGGAAGUUGCACGAGGAGAAGCUGAAGAGGAAUCGGGAGGAAGAGCAGCGCUGGCUCUUGGAAAUGAGGCGAUACAAAGAGGAAAUGUACUGGCGCCGGGUGGAGGAAGCCCAGCUGUGUUGGGAAGAGCAGCGGUGGCGACCUUUAGCGGCAGAUUGGCCUCCACCACCACUCAUGGGCCGGCUGGGGGUGCCUGUCCCCCCCCUCUUGCCCGCUUGGCGACCAAACUCUUCCGAUGACCGCCACAUUAUGACAAAGCACUCCAGCAUCUACCCCACAGAAGAGGAGCUGCAAGCCAUUCAGAAAGUCGUAUCCCACUCAGAGCGUGCCCUGAGACUUGUCUCUGAUUGGCUGGUGGAGCAGGAAACAGGGAAGGAGGAAGAACAGGAAGAGAAAGGAAAGACCGGCAAGCCGCCCCGGGUUCUGAAAGGGGUCAUGAGAGUCGGUGUCCUAGCCAAGGGGCUGCUGCUGCGGGGAGACCGGAAUGUUCGCCUGAUCCUGCUGUCGGCCCGGAAGCCCACCUUGGCCCUCCUCCGGAGCAUUGCAGAGCAGUUGCCCAAGCAGCUGGGGAAAGUGACCAGUGAUGAUUAUGAAGUUGUGUCGAACUCAGAGGAAGCCAAUAUUGUCAUUGCCUCAUCCAGAGAACCCAAAAUGCAGGUCACAGUUUCACUUACCUCUCCUCUGAUGAGAGAAGGAGACCCCACAAAUGCAGAAGCAUCAGCAGGAUCCCAACUGGAGUCCCCGGAAAUCCUAAACGAAGACAGAUGCCUGGAGUCGCUGGCUGCCCUUCGCCAUGCCAAGUGGUUUCAGGCACGAGCCAACGGCCUGCAGUCCUGCGUGAUCAUCAUCAGGGUUUUGCGGGACCUUUGUCAGCGUGUGCCAACAUGGGGUGCUCUUCCAGAUUGGGCUAUGGAACUGCUAGUGGAAAGGACCCUCAGCACUGCCCUGGGGCCUCUGGGGCCUGGAGAGGCCAUGCGGCGAGUCCUGGAAUACAUUGCCACGGGGAUGCUCCUGGCAGACGGUCCUGGCCUUCAAGAUCCCUGCGAGAAAGAGCCCGUGGAUGCCCUGCAGAGCAUGGCCUGGCAGGAGCGGGAGGACGUCACUGCAAGCAGCCAGCACGCCCUGAGGAUGCUGGCGUUCCGUCAGAUCCACAAAGUCCUGGGAAUGGAGCCCUUGCCUUUCCUGAAGAAUCGGCCCGGCGUAUUCAGCCGGAAGAGACGGAGGGACGCGGACGAGGAGGUGCAGAGCGAGGGGGACGGGAAGAAGGACAAGGAGGAGGACAAGGGGGACGGGGGCGGGACCUAAUCUCUGCCGCUGGAUUGGCCAAGACAACCUGCACGUGUCUUUCCUAUGUAUAUGUAAAUAUGUAAAUGUAUGAGUUGCCGUUUAGCCUAAACUUUUGGUAAUUCUAGUGAGUUCUCCCCCUCCGUUCUGUACAUCGUUUUAAUGCUGUGCUUCAGUCAUUAAAGGAUUCCCUCGUUCCACCGGAGUAGCGUCACUUCUGCAGCCCCCCUGGCACGGGUGGGAUCUGCUCUAAAAAAAGCUGAUUAUGCAGCUCUCCCUUCCCACUCACUCUGCCUGCCCUUUAAAACAGCCAAACACCCCAGCUUUGCACUUUCUCCGAGUUUGGCACACCGCUGGAGAGGAGUAGGCGCCUUUGGGUUUGUAGAAUUCUGCAGAGGGCACGGUUAGGAGUCCCUGCUCUGAAUUGGAACAGAACACAUGCAGCUCAUGCUCCGUCCUCACGAAAGAGCCGGUGUCCCUUUGCUCCUUGUUAAAAUGAAGUUUUUCACAUUUCAGCACCAUAAUUUGGGCAAGCGUGGGGAGUCAUUUGGUUGCUACUUGGCAGCAGCAGACACAGCAAAAUUAGAGGACACCUCAGACAUCUCCCAACCCCCAGAUUAAAAGUAAAACAGGACAAAACCUUGCACAGAUCUUACCAGAUUGAAAUAUCUUGCAAGAUUUUAGCCGUUGAAACGAUUAUGCAGGGGAGCUCAACCUGACCAGCUCCAUGCGAGGUUUUAACCUUUUAAGUUUCAAUCGUUUUUCUUCAUCUUUAUUUUUCUCCCCGUGCCACUGUGAUGUGAAAAACUUUCAGACUUUGAUGGAGGUCCCAUCAUCCACCUCUCGGUACACACUUUUCAUUUUGGAGCUUCUGUGGUUGAAGGUUGCGCUCUGAACUGCGUCCAGAAAUAGGUCAGCAGCUCUUGGUGGAGAUGAAUGGAUCUGGCCGUUUCUGGGUCUCUUCGUUUCCUGUUUUCCCAAUCUCAGAUUCGGAUUAUCCCAUUCUCAGGUCACUACGAG